AUGCUCUAUGGCUACGACACCCUCCUGCCCGGCAGCUUGUCAAAGGAGUCAAUCGAGGAUUUGGGCAGCACACUCUUGGAACGAAUAACAUCUUUCCGAGGUGAAGAUGGAACAUCGUCUCGUCCAAUUAUCUUCAUCGGCCACAGCCUAGGAGGCUUGUUAGUAAAAGAGGCACUGGUACGAGCGGGAAGGCGUCGAAGUGAUGCCAAGUCUGACUUUUUGAAAGCUUGUUUUGGCCUUCUUUUCUUCGGUGUGCCCAACCUUGGCUUACGGAACGAGCAGCUCAGAACCCUCGUGCGAGGCCAGCCGAAUGAGGCUUUAAUUCAUGAUUUACUAGUGGAUAAAGAAUCCGAGCCCUCGACUUUCUUGAAAAGGCUUGCAGACCAGUUCUCUGAAAGCUGUCAGGGGCGUUAUCGGGUUGUGUCCUUCUUUGAACGUCAACUCAGCCGCACUAUAGAGCUUGACGGAGAAGGAAAACCGAGAAAGACCGGUCCACCAUCGUUGUUGGUAACGGAGAAGUCGGCUACCAGCCACGGCUUGGUGGCAGUGGCCGAUGAAGACAACAUCUCCUUCAACAAGGACCAUUCAGGGCUCGUCAAGUUUGACUCGAGGAGCCAAAGUGAAUACACCAUCGUGAGGGCACGGAUUAAGAGUCUGGUUGAAGAGGCUAAGGAAGAGGUAGCGAAACGUUUCGCCGAGCAUAACAUACAUCUGCCUCAUUCUGAAAUGAUACAUUCCUGUUUGAGAUCACUUGCCUUCGAGGAUAUAGAUGGCAGACAGAACAAAAUCGAAGCUGCUGCCGCCGACACAUGCGAAUGGCUCUUCGUGCAUAAGAACCUAAAACAAUGGGCCUCCCAGUCCCGAGGCUUGCUCUGGAUCAAGGGCAAACCUGGAUCCGGCAAGUCGACUUUGAUGAAGCAUGCUCUGGAACGGGCCUUAUCUGUGUACGGCGCAGACGCGUUUGUACUGUCGUUUUUCUUUCACGGUCGCGGCCAUGAACUUCAGAGAACACCGCUAGGCUUUUUUCGAUCUCUUUUGCACCAGUUACUCCAGCUUGCCCCUGGAGCGGUACGCGACCUCGUGGAUCACUUCGAAAUCCGCUCCAAGACGGUCGGAGAGCCUGGGGUUAAAUGGCAAUGGGAUCAACGGCCACUUCAGACAUUCCUUGAAUCGUCAUUGACAAAGGUUUUGCAGCGGUUCCCCGUCGUUAUCUUUGUUGACGCUCUCGACGAAUGUGACGAGCAAUCUGCCGUGGCUCUAAUUGACUAUUUGAAAGACCUGCUGGCGAAGAUCCCGCCGACAAACUUGCGAUUCGGCAUUUGUUUCUCCUCCCGUCAUUACCCCGUCUUAGAACUGAAAAGUGGACUGACAAUCCUACUUGACACGGAAAAUACUAAGGAUAUCACAACAUACAUUCGUGGCCGCUUCCAUGAGGAGCAGGACGUGCCUAUUCAGAACCUCAUAUCUCGACAUGCUGAAGGUGUCUUCCUGUGGGCACAUUUCGUGGUGGAUCGCAUCUUGCGAUUAAAGCGCCAGGGAGAAUCACGAAUCAGAAUCGAAUCCGAGAUCAAGAAAAUGCCGCCAGACUUGGAAGACCUUUAUCUCGAAAUUAUCAAAGCUGUUGAAGAUCCACCAAGGACCCUGCAACUAAUGCAAUGGAUUUGUUUCGCCAAGAGGCCCCUAACGACAAACGAGCUUUUCGUGGCAAUGGCCCUCAGCUCCGACUUUGCAGAUCUUUCGCUAGACGAAUGCCAAAAUCCGGAAGAUGUCACCAGCGACGAAAGAAUGAGAAAAAGAAUCAUGUCGUUGAGCUACGGUAUGGCUGAGAUCAUUCCCUCCUACAAUGCUCGUAGAGUUCAAUUCAUCCACCAGUCGGUGAAAGACUUCUUCAUCAAUCGGGGCUUGUUAUACCUGGAUAAGACCAUGGAAGCCCAUUUGGUGACCCCAACUGCCCAUUGUCGUUUAACGUGGUCAUGUAUCCGCUACUUUAAGCUGGUUUUUUCAUCGCAUCCAGAAGAUUUGGUUUCGAAUCACCAGUCAAGGUUUCCACUGUUGCUGUAUGCAACAACUUCAUUGGUACAUCACAUGCAGCAGGGCGAGGUAUCGGAGACAUUUGAAGAGGACCUGAUACGAAUGCUGGGACCAGAACAAGAUUGUUUCAUCGAGAAGUGGGCGGUUGUUUACCGAUUAUUAGCACGAUAUGAACGCGACCGCCCAUCCUGUGGAGGCAACCUUGCACAUAUUGCUGCGCGGUAUCGGCUAUUCAGAUUACUAUCUUUCAUUGACCAAAAUGUGAAGGAGAUUAGUCUAGACUCGAAAGACACUGACUACGAGCGAACACCUUUAUCCUGGGCGGCUGGGAGUGGGCACGAUGACAUUGUCAAAAUGCUCCUUGACACUGGAAAAGUCGAAGUCGACUCAAUGGACAACAGCAAUCGCUCGGCACUCUCAUGGGCGGCUGGGAAUGGGCACGAAGCUAUCGUUCAAAUGCUCCUUGAUACUAACAAAGCUGAAGUUGACUCAAGGGAUUACAGCAAGCGGUCGCCACUUUCACGGGCGGCUGGAGGUGGGCACGAAGCUAUCGUCAAGAUACUUCUUGAUACUAACAAAGUUGAGGUGGACUCGAGAGACUACAAUGAUCAAUCUCCCCUCUCCUGGGCAGCUGGGAAUGGGCAUGAAGCCGUCGUUGACAUGCUCCUUGAUACCAACAAAGUUGAAGUCGACUCAAGGGAUUAUAGCAAUCGCUCGCCACUCUCAUGGGCGGCUGGGAGUGGGCACGAUGACAUUGUCAAAAUGCUACUUGACACUGGAAAAGUCGAAGUCGACUCAAUGGACAACAGCAAUCGCUCGGCACUCUCAUGGGCGGCUGGAGGUGGGCACGAAGCUAUCGUCAAGAUACUUCUUGAUACUAACAAAGUUGAGGUGGACUCGAGAGACUACAAUGAUCAAUCUCCCCUCUCCUGGGCAGCUGGGAAUGGGCAUGAAGCCGUCGUUGACAUGCUCCUUGAUACUAAUGAAGUUGAAGUCGACUCAAGGGAUCAUAGCAAUCGCUCGCCACUCUCAUGGGCGGCUGGGAGUGGAGAUGAAGCUAUCGUAAAAAGGCUUCUUGCUACUAAAAAGGUUGAUGUGUGUUCGAAAGAUCACAAUAAUCAUUCUCCACUCUCAUUUGCAGUGGAGAACGGGCAUAGAGCUGUCGCCAAGGUACUUCUCAACACUGAUAGCGUCAACACCGACUUGGAAGAGACAAGGUACAAACAGCUAUACUGGGCGGCCGAGAGUGGUAACACAGCUGUUGUUAAGAUUAUUCUUGAGGAAGGAGUAGACGCCAAUGUACAGGGCGGCGAAGAGUGUGGCAACGCUCUUCAAGUUGCUUCAUGUCGAGGCCACAUGGACAUUGUCCAGAUACUAUUAGAAAAUGGAGCAGACAUCAACGCACAGGGAGGCGACUAUCACACUGCUCUUCAAGCUGCUUCAUUUGGAAACCACAUGGAUAUCGUCCAGGUGCUCCUUAGAAAUGGAGCAAACGCCAACGCACAGGGUGGCGAGUAUCACACUGCUCUUCAAGCUGCUUCAUACGAGGACCACAUGAAUAUCGUCCAGGUACUCCUUGAAAAUGGAGCAGAUGUUGACGCGCAGAGUAAUUUUCACGGAACCGCUCUUCUAGCUGCUUCACUCAACGGCCACAUAGACAUCGUCCAGGUGCUCCUUGAACAGGGAGCAGAUGUUAACGCACAGAGCGGGUUAUUCGGAAACGCUGUCCAAGCUGCUUCAUUCGGAGGCCACAAAAAGGUCGUUCAGAUACUCCUUGAACAGGGAGCAGAUGUUAACAUACAGAGCGGAAUAUUCGGAAAUGCUCUGCAAGCUGCUUUAUUCGCAGGAAAUACGGAGAUUGUUCAAACACUUUUUGAAAAAGUAGCAGAUAUUAACGUACAGAGCGGCAUGUUCGGUAACGCUCUUCAAGCCGCCUCAAUCAGAGGCGACAUGGAGGCUAUCGAGGCACUCCUUGAAAGAGGAGCAAACUUCGAUGUACAGAGCGGCCGUUUCAGAAACGCUCUUCAAGCCGCUUCUUACGCAGGACAAGAUGAGGUCGUCUCAUUCUUCCUUGACAUAUUCAACGUCGAUUCAGAAGUCAAAGGUCCCGGUUCUGGUCGAACGGCCCUUUCAUACGCCGCAGAGGGGGGCCAUACAUCAACGAUAGAAGAACUAAUCAUAAAUGCCUACGCCAAUCCCGUUUCGAUAGAGGACCUACGCCGCACACCCUUAUUCUAUGCGUCUCUAGAAGGACAUGAUGAAGCAGUAAAAGCUCUAUUACUGCACGGCUCAGUGGCAUCAGACUGGAAGGAUCACUACGGCUCAACCCCUCUAUCUGCAGCGGCCAGGAGAGGUCAUACCGAUGUGGUGAAAUCGCUUUUAUCCACGGGCUUUGUCGAUGUCAGCUCUUCUGAUCAUUUCGGUCGGACGCCGUUAUGGUGGGCUACAAGAUAUGGACACACCGAAGUGGUAGAGCUGUUGGUGGAAGCUGGAAAAAGAAGCACGUGCAAAGAUGAUGAUCAAAUGUUUGUAAAGCCCACCACACCGUCAGAUAUGGGCUCCAAUUGCGACAUUUGUUGUUUCGAAAUCUCACUAUACAGCAAGUUUUAUCACUGUUCAAUUUGCAUUGGUGGGGACCUGGACAUUUGCCUGGACUGCUAUCAACUUGGCGGCCGUUGUCUGGAGGAAUCGCAUGAGCUAACCAUGGAAGUGUUCGAUGAAGAGACGUACAUAUCAAGAAUCGGAGGCAUUAAAUCACUCGGGUGGUGUUAG